AUGGUGAGUGAUUUUGUGCAUCAAUACGAGAAAGUCUUAGAUGCACGUUAUUUCAAGGAGAAAGAGAAGGAUGUGCAAACAAAAUCGACACGGGCUGUUAUGAAAACUUUAUGGAAAAUUGAAGCAGAUGCAGCCUCAGUCUAUACAAGGAAGUCUUUCAUGAUCUUCCAGGAUGAGCUCUUCAAUAGCCAAUGGUACAUUCCAACCAAAGUUGGAAAAGAGGACGAGAGAAGGAUAUAUGGAGUCACACUGAAUGGCAAAGAGCAACCUAUUUAUCAUGUGACCUUGGAGAGUGGAGAUGCGAAGGCAAUAUGUACAUGUCAUAUGUUUGAGUUUGUGGGGAUUCUUUGUAGGCAUAUCCUAUGUGUCUUUAAGAAGAAAUCGAAAUUAAAUAUGUUGCCACAUCAUUAUAUUCUAGAGAGAUGGACCAUUAAUGCUAAGAGUCGGGCCAUUCUUGACAUACCAAAUUCCGAUGGCUAUGUAAUGACACACGAUGAUCCAAUGAUAAGUAAAAGCAAGUUGAGGAUGCAAUUUUAUGAUAUUGCCGAACUUGGCUCACAAUCACCACAGAAAUACAACCACCUCUCUCUUGCCUUAGACAAGGUCCACAAGGAGUUGCUCUUUAUGGAAGAUAUUGAGGGAAAAAAAAUAUAG